GUGGAGUGAAUCAUUUGAAAGAAGACGCGACACCUGUCCUGGCGAUCGAGGGUGGGUCAGGUGGUUAGGUAACCAUGUCAACCCACCUGCCUUUCGGGGGUUGCAUUGCUGACCAACAUCUGACUGCUCCUGACCCUCAUGGCUAGCCCAGCACAUGCGUUUAAUCGAUAUGCCUGUGGUGGCGGUUUUCCGCGUUGGCCAAAACAAACUCAAGUGAGUUAGUCCUGUUUGAAAACCAGUAGGCUAUGGCAGGGCAGUCGCUUCCAAAAACUAUCUAGAUGAGUGCCUAACUUAAAGCUAUUAUGGAUUUAUGUCUUAAGGGCUCGCAGAUAAACCUCGCUACACGACAGAAAACGAAGCCCAAGUACACAAGUCGUUCGCUGACGAGUCUCCACAGUCCGUGUCCCCAUUUCCGGCCUCGUUCGGCCAACUUCCUCCAACAGCGCAGUCGCUCCUCGCCCUUCCUGGGAAGACCUCAGUCCGCGGACCCCAAGUUCGGUCGUCGGCUGAGCACCUUUUUCAGCGACAAGGAGCUGAGAAACAGCACCAAGGUAUCCUCCAACGACCUGCUGAAAUCCCUCCUGGAGGAGCCCAUCAAGCGCAGCUGGCUCUGCCGCAGCACCUGCAACUCCUCCGAGUCGGACUACUCGCUCCAGAAGCGCACCCCCGACAGCAGCGAGGAGGGGGAGCACUUCCUGGUCACCAUGUCAGCUGGUGAAAAGGGCAAAUCCUACUCCUCCUACUCCGGAACCCAGGGCCUCAGCAAUGGGGCUCUCCUCCAGCGCACCGCCAAGCCAGAUCUUCCGGGCAGAGUGUCCUUCAGUAAGCCCAAUAUGCACAACGACUUGGACUCCAGUGACUGCGAUAAUGACAAACAAGAAGUCAGGUCUAGUAUCUCCGCCCCGGGUCCCCUAACUCUUCCCAGUUUCUUGAGCAAAGUGGAGCAGGCUGAUCCAGCUGGUCAGAAGAAAUCAGUUCACUUCGGUUCCACUGCCGCCGAAGGAGAGGUUCUGGCAGAGACCUACGAGUAUCCCAAAUGUCCCUCGGAGAACUGCACUUGCAGUACGCGAUCCUCUUCCACCACUAGUACCAAUGAGGCUUCAUCCACAGCGGAGGUCAAGUGUGCCUGUGAUGCACCCAGCUGUCGGUUCGUGGAGGAACCCAAACCCACAGAUCCCAUUCCCACUCUUCCCAAGGCUCCCACUCCAGAGUUAAAUGUCAUAAGAGAGUACAACCAGGCGGUGAAGAACCACUUGGGAACCGAAACCCUCAACAACAUAGAGCUACUGCCCAACUAUUUGGACAAGUUUGGCUCUCCUUCGAAGGAGAAGCAGAACAAUCUUUCGGAGACCAAGAACGGAGCCACUACUAGUUCCUCUGCCAAUAGUGCCACCUCCUACAGAUCAGCUUCCAACCCCAGGAACUUUGGGGCCGAAAACAAUUUCUUACCAUCCCUGCAAGACGAUAGAAGAUCAUUUGGGAGUGGCAGUUCCGAAUCCGUGAUUAACAACUACCUCAAGGUGGCCUCGACUCCUCCAUUUGUGGGCAAGAAGAAGGAGAACGUGAAGCCCGCCAGUGCGGAUCCCAUUGCCAGGAGCAGUAAGCCCAAGGUGAACAAGAUGGCAGCCAAUCCUGCUCCAUUGGGAAAACUCAAGAAGGCCAUCAGUGUGGGCAACCUGCGGGAGGAGCGAAAGCUCUCCGAGUACAAUCUCGACAAGGUGGACAGCUGGAUGAGCAUCCAGGAUCAGAAGCAGUACGAUCACAAGCACAAGCCGGGACUGGAGGAUCUGGACGAGGGUCAGGACAACGAUACUGCCUCUCAGAUGUCUCUAAAGUCGAAUGAGGACUCUAGGGACUCCACCUACGACGAGAUUGUAUCCGUCAUCAAGGAAAUCGAAGAGGACAAAAAGAGGGAUAACUUCUCCGAGCGCAUUCCCAGUGAACUGAACCUGAAACUGGAUUCUCGUUGCGAGACCGCCGAAACAGUUACCCUUAGUGAAGGAGCAGUUCCUGAAAGUGGUGAUAAGUACAAGGACAUCUUGGCCUAUCUUAACAAUGUGGAGAGCAGUUGCGACAAGACGCUGAUGGAGACACGUCGCUCCAUGCCGGAUAGCAAUCGAUCCGAGGUGGAAUUCGUGGUGGAACCCGAUGUCACCGAUGAGGUGCCCAAAUUAUCUGAGCUGCUGAUGUUGCCCAAUCACCAGUUGGCCAGAAGGGUUAUUGCCCUGAGCCUGCGGGCUAAUGAGUUGGCCAAUGCCAUCCACAUGUCCAAGGAGCACGUCUUCCAGCUGCGGGGUGAGAAGCAGAAGAGCCUGCGGGCCGAGAAGUCCACCGCUGCGGCCAAACUGCGGGAUCAAAAGAAGCACUACGAGGAGGUGGUGACCCGGCAUCAGGGCUUCAUCGAGCAGCUGCUCAAGGACAAGGGAUCCCUCUGCGAGAAGGUGGCGGCCCUCACCCGCCGUCUGGAGAGCCAAAACCAGGCCUGGGAGCACCGCCUGGAAACGGAACUGGCCAGGACCAAGGAGACCACCAUGGCGGGUGAAAAGAUUCGGCGAGAGCGUUGGGUGCGCGAGAAUACCAAGAAGAUAAAGGAACUCACGGUUAAAGGCCUGGAGGCGGAGAUCAACAAGAUGAACUGCAACCACCAACGCGAGGUGACCGAACUGAAGCGCACCCACCAGAUGCAGUUGCUCGACGCUCUGGAGGAGGCGCGCACAAAGCACGAGCAGAUCGAGACGACCAUUCGCGAGAGCUGUGCCCAGGAUCGAGAGGCCAUCAUCGAGAAGGAGCGCACUGCCAUCCGGGAGCGAUUUGAGAGGCAGCUGGAGGAGGAGCAAAGGACGCAGGCGGAGCAGCGCCAGAAACUCACAGAGGAGUUCGCUGCGGAGAGGGAGCGUCUUCAGAUGGAAAUCCGUCAGCGGGAGAACGACCACCAGGCCAGGAGACAGGAUGCUCUAAGGGAACAGGAGCAGGAACUCGAGCAGGCCAAGUUCGAAAUGCAGGAGCGGAUGGCCAAGCAGGAGGAGAAGUACCAGAACCGCAUCAACACCAUUGAGCAGCAGUACCAGGCGGACUUUGAGCUGUGGAAGACGGAGCACGAGAACAAGACCAAAUUGGCCCAGGCGGAGAAGGAGAACGCCAUCAGGCAGCACUACCGGGCGGAGAGGGAUCGCCAGCUGGACGAGCUGGUGGUGCGCAUGGAGGCCGAUGCACUGCAGCACAGCGAGGAGCACGAGCUGAAGAUCAAUCGCCUUAAGGAGAAGUACGAGAAGGACCUGGUUCUGGCCGAGAGCGUGGAGAAGUCGCUGCGGGAGAAGUACGCGGAAACUCGUGGCAAACUGGCGGAGGCGGAUGCCCAGGUGCGGAACAGCCAGGCGGAGGUGAAGCAGCUGCAACUGGAGCUCAGUCACAGCAAGAAGAUGUGCGGCGACAUCAUUAUGGAGCGGGACAGGCUGCGGGAGAACCUCAACGCGGACAUCCAGAACGAACUGGGAGUGCUCAGCGAGCGGCACAAGCAGGAGAUGGAGCAGCUUCAAAAGCGGGUCCACCAGACUAUCCAGCGGCAGGAGGAGACCAUUGAGAUCCUGAAGGGCGAUAACGAUGGCCUCAGACAGCAGUGCCUGAAACUUAACGCAGUUAUACGACAGCAGCGAAAGGAUUACUGUGUCAAAUAGAUAGGAUAUAUUCGAAAAUGGGACCACGCCAGCUCAUACUUAAAUUUAUAAGACCUCCAACCCAAACAAUUUAAAGGAUUCUUUAUAAUAAUGGAGUAUCCAUGGAGUAGAAUUUAAUAAAAGAAAAU